UAAUUAACAUUUUACAUUUUAAUGAAAGUGAGGGAAGAGAUACUUAAGUAAAUCCUUAAUCUCAUUAUCCUUUUUCGUCUUUUCCAUUUCGUUUUUUCCUCUCCUUUUUCUUUAAUCUCUCUCUAUUUUUUUCCCAUAACACAAUGCCCAUUUUUUUCCUCAUCUGAGUCUAUAUACACACAAGGACAUGAAAUUCACAUUAACAAAACCAUUCAUUCUCCGUUGUUUUCUCAUCUCUCUUUUUCUCUCCCUCCCUUUUCUCUUCUUCCAUCUCUUCUCUUCCCAACCACCCAUCACCACCACCACCACCACUACAACAACCACCGGCCUGAAAAUCCGACCCGGUUACACAUCCUACGAUACCUACAUACAACGCCAACUCAAUAAAACUCUCAACCCAAAACUCCGUAAAAUAUGGACCACCCGCGACUGGAACCGCAAGAUCCCAGUUUUCGCCAAAUUCUUCCAACAACUCAUAACCAAAAACCUUCUACAAAAAACAUCCAAAGCCUUAUGCAUUGGUGCACGCGUUGGACAAGAGGUUGAAGCUCUACGAAGAAUCGGCGUCGCCGAUUCCAUCGGAAUGGACCUCGUUCCGUAUCCACCGUUGGUCGUGAAAGGCGAUUUCCAUAACCAACCUUUCGAUAACGACACGUUCGAUUUCGAAUUCUCUAACGUCUUCGACCAUGCGCUUUACCCGCAGAAAUUCGUUGGUGAGAUAGAACGGACGUUGAAGCCUAACGGCGUUUGCGUGUUACACGUGGCGUUAUCGCGUCGCGCUGAUAAAUACUCCGCUAACGAUCUUUACAGUGUUGAGCCUCUCGUUGAGCUUUUCAAUAAUUCUGUUCUGGUUCAUGUUGUUAGCGUUGAUGGUUUUGGGUUGGACACUGAAGUUGCGUUUCGUAAGAAACCACCAACUCCUCACAAAUUGUAAUUGCUUCAUUGUUUAUUUCCUUUGUUUUAUUUAUUUUUCUGGAUAUAUUUAAAUGGAUUUAGAUUUUGUUUUUUUA